AAAGGCCUCACUUAUUUCGACGCGCACGUACGUAACACUAAUUUUGAACUGCGAACCCUAGUGGGUUAAAUAAUUUUGAUACGAUCUUCUCGCACGUUCUACGUUUAGCAAAAAUCCGCUGCACCGGCCACCUCUCUGGUGUGAAAGCUGCAGGUGCCAUGAUGCUUUAUAAUUACAAACACAAACAGAUUUCUCGAAACGCAGCCCAAUUGAAUGCAGAAAACUUUGAAACUGAAUCAUAGAUUUUAACUAAAAGGCUUUUAAGACAGACAAUCAAAAUGUCAGCGAAUUAUAAUAGCAAUAAUAGAAAAUGCCUUACAGUGCGUGGCAAAUUUCAGCGCAGUUAUGAUCAAAAGGAAAUGACAUUUGAGGUAGAAAGAAGAAAGACGUUUAAAGCUUGGAGCAACACAUGUCAAGUAAAACCAAACUCACUUGCAAAGGCAGGAUUCUUCUACGUCGGGAUAUUUGACAGAGUGAAAUGCUUUUCAUGCGGAGGCCAAAUCGAGGGGUGGGAAGAAGGGGACACUGCAAUGGAUGAACAUAAAAAGAUGUAUCCACAUUGUCAUAUGGUGAAGAACCAAGAUAAGAGAAAUGUCACGAUUGAAAAGUGGAAUGAAAUGCAGAAACGUUUAGGUCAAAGGACUGAAGAAGUGGAUGGAGAAAUCGUCUGGGGCAAACACAAAACCCUGACCUCUGACGACUGUGUAGAUGCUUUUUGUGAAACUUCUUACGAAAAGUUGUCUGCUUCAUUUCAACCACUAUUUGGUGGGGAGCUAGAUCGGCUUAACACAUUCCGAGAUAACUGGUUGGAAGAAUACAAACUACCUUCCUCUGAAACAAGAUGGCUGGCAAACGCUGGAUUUUACUACACAGGUCCUGGUGACAGAGCCAGAUGUUUCUACUGUAAGGGUGGCAUCGAGAACUGGAAAGGGGAUGAUGAGCCCUGGAGCGAGCAUGCCAGAUGCUUUCCAACGUGCGAGUGGCUUAAAGAAAUGAUAGGGAAAGAUUUCGUUGAUGAAGUACAGGAUUUCUUUAAGAAUGCAAAAGCGAGUGAGCAGGCAGAGAAGAGAGAACCUAAACAGAACCCAGCUGUUUCUACGCAGUCCUCACCAUUAGGUCGUCAGAAGACACCAGAUUCAGUAGCAGUUUCUGCUCACAUGGACAGUCCGACUGUCCAAACGAUCGUCAAGGCUGGAUACGACCCGGCGCUCGUGCGUCGUGUCCUCGAGGCACAACUACAUGUACGAGAAACGGGCCUAAACUUCUCGUUUUCGGACAACUUCAUCAAGACUUUGGAUGCGGCGGAGAAAGGAAGAACUCAACCGUUGAGAAACCAGUGGAACAUUCAGCAAGCACCAUUGAACCACAGACACAACAGUUUGCUAAUCUUAAGAUAAAGGGCGUUCCGGCGAGACGGGAAGAUUCACCAACGGCCAAGUCUGACCAAAAGAGCUUCAUUACUGUAAAAUCUCCGGAACACAAAC